AAAUAAAAAAAAGAAGUUGGGUGGCAACAUAAAAACCCAUAGAGACAGUUGAAAUGGCGCUUUGAGGUGGCAACACGGAAAAUGCCGUUGGGAAAGUAUUACUGCGAUUACUGCGACAAGGAAUUCCAAGACACUCCAGUUGCUCGGAAACGUCAUCUCCAGAGCUCCUCUCACCUCCGCGCCAAAUCCCUCUGGUACAACUCCCUUAAAUCCCAAGACCUCAAUCGGGCUUACAUCGAUGGUGGCGGCGGCGCCUUUACUAAAGGAGUCUGCAAUCGAUUCGUCAAAACGGGAUUUUGUCCUUACGGGGAUUCUUGCAAGUACUUGCAUCCCACCAACAGCAAUAACCUGCAAAAUAAUGUUAAUCUUUUUCAAGCUACACGCCUCAUGAAUAAUGUUCAUUCACCAAUUAUUCUAGGAAAUCAAUUAGUUGGAGGAAGCUCUUUGCCAGCUGAUGUGGUGAGAGAUAGCAUGGGAAUGCCAUGGGGCAAUCUGCCUCCAUCGCUAAAGCCUCCUCCAGAGGGUGGAUAUCUGCCUUUUCCAUUUGUGGAUUGGGGUUAGUGUUCAUGUCGGAGGUAAUCUUAGAUGGCCUUUGCAGACUCCAAGUUCAUGAUUCUGGUGAAAAUGAGCGGAGAUACAACAACAUAAGGCAAGUUAUUGCUUGGCCUUUCUCGUUUUCUUUCCUUGAUGAAUCUUAAUUUGAUUCAUAGUUGGACUAGCAGGCAGAUCAGGAACUUCGUAGUCUUCCUCAACUACUCCCCAAAGGUCUUGUGCAUUGAUAUGAACUCUUAUUCUUACGGCCCAUGCUGGAUGGUUGCUUCCAUCAAACAUUGGUGCUCCUGUUGGGUAGCUUUGUGUGUGUGGGGUUUUUAUUUUAUUUUAUUUUAUAAGCUGAAGAUGAUAUUUUUUGUAAAUUGGUUGUGUGUUUAUGAUUUGCGGUAACCUCACGAUAUCCCUCAAGAAUUCAACUCUAA